AUGGUCAACCAGUCUUUCUUAGAUAUUGGAGAAGAUGUAGCUAGAUUCAUUUCCCGUCAGAAGAAAAUGGAAUUAAGGAGGAAAGCAUUCCGAGAAAUAUUGCAGCAAUGUACAGAUCCAGCUGGCACUUUUGAAAAUGCUGUAACUAUUGCUGAAAAUUGGAAAGGCAUGGUGAAACUCCCAGAAUAUCCAGUUCUUGGCGAAGCAUUUUUGGAUGCGCACCGAACCUCACCAGAAAUGGCCAAAAAGCUCAAGGAAAGUGCCGAGGCAGAGCUCGAUAUUGAUCAACGCCGUUAUAUUUCUGAUGACGCAUCAAUGGCAGAAACGUUAGAGGGAAAUCUGGCAAUGAAUUUCUGGAGUAACCGGCAGGACUUUCUUGAUAUUACGCGGAGAGCGCAUCCUCGCGGAGAUGCAGAAACCCAGAUUCAGCUCUGGGUGUCAAAUGACAUUGAACGUUUCAGGGCAAAUUUGCAAAGAGACAUUGCCCAAAGUGGCACCGGCUCUGAUCGUGAAACCAUUCUGGGAUUCUUCGAAGAGUGGGCAGCUUGGAAUGACAAUUUCUUCGGACAAAGGGAUAAAUUGGGGAAGGCAAAACUUCAUGAUGACUGUUUCUUGAUUCUCUCGACCAUCCAGUUUGCAAUCAAAGACCGGGAACAUCGCCUGAGGAUGAUUAAACAAGCUCAAAUCCAUCGCUGGUAUAAUGGCCUUGCGGUUGUGAAUCAAGUAUACCAUGAUGUUAUUCAAGCAUAUCGGGCCUACGACAAUCCUGAACACUAUAAUGCUGGCAAUAUAGUGUAUGCUGAGCAAAUCGCAAAGCACUUGACGUUACCAUAA